AGGGAGAGAGAAUGUGAUGUGAUCGCGGAGGACGGAGAGAGAGAGAGAGAGAGAGAGAGAGAGAGAGCAAGGGGGACGAGACGACGCAACAAUGAGCAGUGCCGCCACCUACGCGGAGAGCAUCGCUUCCUGCCGCACUCCAGUUCCCAUCCGCUCCCCAUCCCUCGCAGCCACGGCGGCGGCGGUACCCGACGCAGCCCCCCUCCCCGUGAGGCGGCAGCUCGAUUUCCCCAGCGGCGACGGCAACACGGAUGACGAUGAUGACUUCUUCUAUCUCGUCGCAGAGGAGAUAGAGGAGAUGGAGCGAAACCUAGACCAGGUCACGCGCCGCGCCGCGCAGAGCUUGACGCCGCCGACGGUAGCGCGGGCACGCCCGAAUUUCCGUGAGAGGCUGUGCAUUUGCCGGCGCGGGCCGUGUGCCGUUGAGUGGAAGGAGGGAGGAUGGGCAUACGUCUGCUCGGCGCCGCUGAAGUGCAGACAUUCUUCUUAUUGCAUGGAAUCUGAUGUCAAUCCAAGUUCACAGCCUGCCUUUUUGAGUCAUCAUGAACCCGACAAUCAUAUGACUAAUGGUACAACUCAAGUUAAUGUUAGUCCCCAAGGUGCUGGUGCUACAACUCCUGUAAAUGUUACUCCCCAACGUGAUGGUGCUAGGACUCCAGUUACUUUUAGUCCCCAAGGAGCUAGAUCCAGUGGUGAAGUACCAACCUGCAAGUGUACUGCUGGGAAGUGCAAAACUGAGAAAAAAAACGGGGUGGUCUACUAUGUGUGUCAUAUACCAAAGGGCCAAGGUGCAUGCUCUCACCGCGAGCCAGUCGAAGCUGCUGCUGAAGAACCACCACUAACUGGAUACACCAAUCCAAGGGAGAGUGAACAUUUGGGGUACAAUCCAGUUGCAAAGGAAGCUAAUGUGCAUGCCAUGAUGGGAGGCCACAAUGAAACUAGACAAUUCGAUCCUGAUCAACCCCCUGAAUAUGAUGAAUGGCCGUUUGAAAUUGUUGAGGGUGAUGUUGUACCCACAGCCCACUUGUGGCCUCCUCACCCUACACCCAUUGCUGCAGUCGCUCAGGGAUCGCCAGUUAUGCUGCGCCAACAAUUUGCUAUGGUCCAAGUGGGAACACCAACUAAAUCACCCAUGCCACCUAAAUGUACCAUCAGCCCCAAUACUCCUCGGUCAGGCAGUUGCUACCGGUGCCAUGAAGAAGGACAUUGGACCAUCAACUGCCCUAAGAACGGCACUUGUUACCACUGUGGUAUGGUUGGGCACUUUGUGAAGGAUUGCCCUGGAGUACGCACCCAGAAAUGAUCGUAAGAAGCAUAUGAGAGUCUCAUUAUGUAAAAAGUAAGCACUGAGGCUAGCGAUCUACUUCUGCAUAAUAAUUGGCUUAAACGUGGCUGUCAGUUUAUGGUUUAGGAUUGAAUGUACGGCGCGGGAUACCCUGCUAAACUUAAACUUGUGGUGCCUGACUGCAAGGUUACUAAUGCGGUUGGUUAAUCACUAGUAGCAUAUGCAGAAGGGACAGUAAACUCGUAACUCGUAUUUUGCGUAUGCAUUUGUAGUACUUUAAGUAUGCGUUUGACUGGUAAUGUUUUGCAUAUGCAGUAGCAUAGCGUAUCUAUUUGUAGAACUACCUCGUCUGUAAACUAAUAUAAGACAUUUUAGACA